UGGACCAAAUCACCAAUGUUUUGAGAUAUUGAUAAAAUGUGGAAGUGAUAUCAAUGAACAAACUGAUAAUACACAAGAAUCACUGUUAAUGAUAACAGUAGGGUUAGGUGAUAUUCCUAAAAUACAGUCAUUAUUACAAUAUGGUGCUAAUGUUAAUUUACCAGAUUUUAAAUUUUAUACACCUUUACACAGAUCACAGAUUAUUAAAGAAAGUAAUGAUGUGAAAAAAGAAAUAGCUAAAAUAUUAAUGAAGGCUGGUGGUAAACUAAAUGCAACAGAUCGUGAUGGGUUUACACCAUUACACAGAGCUAUAUUUACUAAUGUAUUACGUGGUGAACAGUGUCGACCUUGUAUACAGUUACUGGUAGAAUCUGGUUGUCGUUUAUUCCCUGGUCCUCCACCAGAUAUCAGAAAAAGCCAAUCCCCUCUAUGCUGGUUAACAUGGAAUGGUCAAUAUGCUAUAGCUGAGUAUUUAGUACAAGCUGGUUGGGAUAUGAGUUUAGAGACAUGGAUAAAUAUUAUACCACCAAGACAACAACAAUAUAAACUACAACAACAAUUUCAACAAAUAGCUGGUAAUACACGAGCAUUGAAACAUUACAGUAGAAAAACUAUUCGUGAUAGAUUAUUGGUGGUAACUAAAGAUCGUGAUAUUAUCCCUUCAAUAUCACAAUUACCAUUACCACAAUCAUUGAAAGGUUAUUUAUGUUUACAUGAUUGUCAGUUUAAAUCUACUGAUUAUUUUGAUAAUUUAUAG